CGCGCCAGAACUUUUCCUCCUGCGCCAUGUGAUUUCCCCCCUCUCUCUCUCCUCCACCCCUUUCCCCCUUCUUUCUUCCUCGACAGCGGGAGCCGCGCAAACUUUUAAAGCCCCCUCCUUUUUUUUGGCAAAGGCUGCGGGCAGUGACGACUUUCGAAGGGGUGGUGGCGGCGGAUCUCGCUGGUUGACAUAGUAACUCCUCUCUCUGCUCGCCUUAGUCGGUGUCUGCCGCCGCCGCCACCGCUACCUUCAUGGACUGCAGCGAGCGACCCCGGCAGCAAAGCGAAGGCGAAGGGCUGCUCGGGGCUUCGCUGCCUCCGCUGGAGCUCCGGCGACCCCGGCUCCUCCUUCGCCAUGGGGACACCGCGCUGCCCGUAGCUGCGAGCGGCGGGCGCGCCAAGCAGGCGAAUCUCCUCCUCGGCGGCGGGAACCCCGGGGUCACUUUUUCUCCUUAUUUCUGAAGGAAAGGCAGCAGCCCCGAGUGCGAGGAGCGCCCCACUCUCUCCCCCCCUUUGUGUGUGUGCGCGUCAGGUGUUUUUUUUGGGGGGGGUGUCAUCCUUUAAAUAAUUCGAGGAGAAGGAAACGAGGGGCUUUCUCAGGGACGACGACCCCAAGCAAGAGCGGGGUGAAGAAGCAGCAGCAGCGCCAUGAGCCAAAUUGGCCAGCCGCCCUUCGGGCCGAGCUGCUCCCCGGCGGCGAGCGGGGCGCGGAGGAACGACAGCCGCGACUACCUGCUGAUGGACUCGGAGGCGUGUGAGGAGAACUGCACGGCGCCCUACGCUUACUACCCCGCUAGAGGCGCUGAGAACAGACAUGCCCUCCGACAGCAGACUAUUGUCCGAGAGAAAGGCAGGAGGCUUGCCAAUCGUGGACCGGCAUAUAUGUUUAAUGACCACUCAACCAGCCUUUCUAUUGAAGAGGAGCGUUUUUUGGAAGCGGCAGAAUAUGGCAACAUUCCUGUGGUCCGCAAGAUGCUGGAGGAAUGUACCUCGCUCAACGUGAACUGUGUGGACUACAUGGGGCAGAAUGCUCUGCAGCUUGCCGUCGCGAACGAGCACCUGGAAAUCACUGAGCUCUUGCUUAAUAAGGAGAACCUGUCACGGGUUGGGGAUGCCCUGCUCUUGGCCAUUAGCAAAGGUUAUGUCCGGAUAGUAGAAGCCAUCUUGGGUCACCCUGCGUUCGCCGAAGGCAAGAGGCUGGCCACAAGCCCCAGCCAAUCGGAGGUGCAGCACGAUGACUUUUAUGCCUACGACGAGGACGGCACCCGCUUCUCUCACGAUGUGACCCCCAUCAUCCUAGCUGCUCACUGCCACGAGUACGAAAUCGUGCACACCUUGCUGAGGAAAGGCGCUCGCAUCGAGAGGCCUCACGACUACUUCUGCAAAUGCAGCGAAUGCAACGAGAAGCAAAAGCACGAUUCCUUCAGCCAUUCCAGGUCCAGGAUCAAUGCCUACAAAGGUUUGGCCAGCCCUGCUUACCUUUCCUUGUCUAGCGAGGACCCCGUAAUGAUUGCCUUAGAACUAAGUAAUGAGCUGGCUGUGCUUGCUAACAUUGAAAAAGAAUUCAAGAAUGAUUACAAAAAAUUGUCUAUGCAGUGCAAAGACUUUGUGGUUGGACUUCUUGAUUUAUGCAGAAACACAGAAGAAGUAGAAGCUAUUCUAAACGGAGAUGUUGAACUGCACCACGGGGAGCACGGACGCCCUAGCCUUAGCCGCCUAAAACUUGCCAUAAAGUAUGAAGUCAAAAAGUUUGUAGCACAUCCAAACUGCCAGCAGCAGCUCCUCUCUAUCUGGUAUGAGAAUCUGUCAGGUUUACGACAACAGACGAUGGCGGUGAAGUUUUUAGUGGUUCUUGCUGUUGCUGUUGGGCUGCCGUUCCUGUCGAUGGCUUAUUGGAUUGCUCCAUGCAGUAAGUUGGGUAGAAUAAUGCGCGGACCCUUUAUGAAAUUUGUGGCACAUGCAGCCUCUUUCACCAUUUUCCUUGGUUUGCUGGUCAUGAAUGCGGCAGACAGGUUUGAUGGCACCAAACUGAAGCCCAAUGAAAGCAGAACGGAUGGAAAACAGCUGUUCAGGAUGAAAACUUCGUGCUUCUCGUGGAUGGAGUUGCUGAUUAUCUCAUGGGUAAUAGGUAUGAUAUGGUCCGAGUGUAAAGAGAUUUGGUCCCAAGGUCCCAAGGAAUACCUGUUUGAGUUGUGGAAUAUGCUAGAUUUCGGGAUGCUAGCUAUUUUUGCAGCUUCGUUCAUUGCGAGGUUCAUGGCAUUUUGGCAUGCUUCCAGAGCCCAGAGCAUAGUCGAUGCAGGUGUGGAUAUGAAGAACUUGAAAACGGUGACAUUGCCUCCCAGUAUAAAAUACUACACUUUGGCAAGAAUAGACUGGGAUCCAUCCGACCCUCAAAUCAUAUCUGAAGGCCUAUAUGCAAUCGCUGUGGUCUUAAGCUUCUCAAGAAUCGCCUAUAUUCUGCCUGCCAAUGAAAGCUUUGGACCUCUACAGAUAUCGCUUGGCAGAACUGUGAAAGACAUUUUCAAGUUCAUGGUCAUAUUUAUCAUGGUUUUUGUGGCCUUCAUGAUAGGAAUGUUUAAUCUCUACUCUUACUACCUGGGGGCAAAGCAAAAUGAAGCCUUCACUACAGUGGAAGAAAGCUUCAAGACUUUGUUCUGGGCAAUAUUUGGACUCUCAGAAGUGAAAUCAGUUGUCAUAAACUAUAGGCACAAAUUUAUUGAGAACAUUGGUUAUGUCCUUUAUGGGGUUUAUAACGUCACCAUGGUUAUUGUUCUGUUGAACAUGCUUAUCGCGAUGAUCAACAGCUCAUUCCAAGAGAUUGAGGAUGAUGCUGAUGUGGAAUGGAAGUUUGCAAGAGCAAAACUGUGGUUCUCCUAUUUUGAGGAGGGCAGAACGCUCCCGGUGCCGUUCAACCUAGUGCCUAGCCCCAAAUCUCUGAUUUACUUCUCGCUCAGAAUAAAGAAGUGGGUUUUUAAGUUGUUGUUUUGCAAUAGAAAAGGUUUCCAGGAAGACGCUGAGAUGAAUAAGCUAGGUCAAAGUAAGGAAUCAAGUAUAAGAAGCUCAGAUGACCUCAACUUAAACAGCUUAAGGAACCCUCAAAGGAAGUAUCAGAAAAUUAUGAAACGUCUUAUCAAGCGAUACGUACUGAAAGCUCAGGUGGACAAAGAAAGUGAUGAAGUCAAUGAAGGUGAGCUGAAAGAAAUUAAACAGGACAUCUCAAGCCUCCGUUACGAACUCCUUGAAGAAAAAUCACAGAACACAGAAGACCUGGCAGAACUCAUCCGGAAACUUGGGGAGAAACUGUGUAUUGAGCCAAAACAGGAACAAAGGACUUUUCUCUGAAAAAGAAAGGGGGGGGGACACUCCUCCUCCAAGCUGGCAGUCCAGUGAAAGCCAUAUCAGUUCUAUCUACACCCCUCCCCCUCCCCCUCCAAUUCUUCUUCAAUCAUAAUUGACACUUUUGCAGCAGUAGUAGAUACAUCUUGACCAUUCUUUUUCUUUUUGGUUAACUGGGGAAAACCGGCAUUUUGAGCAGAUGUUAUUUAACCCCAUCCACGGAGGCCAACUCAACCACUGAAAGAAAAAGACGUAAAAUAUGGUUUGAGAAGCCGCACCAUUAAAGACUUUAAUUACUGGUUCUACUGGUGCCAGGGAGCUCUCUUGUUCUCUCACUCUCUUUCACACUCCCACUAAUGUGCACACAUAUUUUGACACUUCAGAUGUAUGCACACUUAUAUUCCACUGAGAUGAAUGAGGUUUACAAAUUAAGCUUUUAGGAAUAAGGUUCUGGUCACUUUCUUUUUCUUUUUUUUAAAAAAAUGAACUGGUCUUUCUUUAAAUAAACAACAACAAAAAUACAAUUACAUUGCUUUAAUUACAGUGAAAAGAAAUAAUUUCUGUUCCGUUAACUAAGCGCUUGGGAUGGACAAGAGGAAGGCUCAAUAGAACCACAUCCGAAAGCCAUGAUGUUACCGUGACAUUACAGUGUUUUCUUCAAAUCCCUCCAUUGCAAGAAGGUGUUCUGGUACAUUUCUUUGGGAGUGCAUCUACAAUACGAACCCAUAUUGGCUUUGGGUUUCUCCAAAGAAUCCUAGGUGAGGGUGCUAAGAUCAGUAGUCCCCUUCCUCUUCAGAGAACUACAAUCCCCAGCAAUCAUUGGGGAGAAAUGUUAAAAUGCUUUAAGUCUCUAUUGCAGAUAUGUCUGUCCAAGGACCAAGGUGCCAGGAGUCUUGAUAAUCCAUCCCACGAAAGGCGUUCCACUGCCAAGCCGCAAUUCAUACUAUCUGCCUUGUCAACGUUUAGAAUUUUUCCUUGGUGAAUGUUUAUAUGUUGAGAUAUACAAUAUGAGUUGCAUCGGACUAAGUCAUAGAGUUGAUACACCACCAUCAGUGGGCAUUUAUUUCAGUGGGUCUACUCUGGAAAAAAAAUCAGUUCAUUUGUUUCAUUGGGUUUACUCUGAGAAUAAUGCAAUGGGAUGCAACCCAAUAUAUUUAAAGCUCUUGUGUCUAGGAGCAAAUGACUGGAACCAUAAGUGUUCUUAGGGAGGUACGCUGUAUGCCUGGUCUAUGACUGCCUUACUCCCUUCUUGGCCCUGAUCCGUUGUGCAGCCCUAUGAUAAAUAACUGAAACCAAAA